AUGUCUGAAGAAUUCAGCGACGAUUUGUCUGAUCCAACGCCGUCGCCGUCGCCGGUGCCCUCGCCCUCCAAGCCAACGAAUGCACGGCGCGGGACAGCAGGCACAACAGGCGCAGGACGAGGAAAACCAUCGAGUUCAGCGAGCAACUCACGCCCAGCAGCGCUGACGCAUCGCAAGUCCACAUCUGCUGCCUCUGCCGCUGCUGCGCAGACGACGACGCAUUCCCGCACGCAUUCGCUUGCUAAUUCAUCUAAUUCUCACUCUAAAAAGACGUCGAAGAAGAAAGCAAACGCGGCGAGUGGGAGCAGCAGUAGCAACAAGCUCCAUUCAAACAGUCCAGCCGACGACGAAGACGGGUCAGAGCUCAGUCCCGUGCCGUCAGAAGAAGAAAAGGAGGAGGAAGAGGAGGAAGAGGAAGAGAGAAGACGACGAGCAUGGUGGAUUUGCCAGCAACACUAG